AUGAGCUACGAGUCACAAUGCAUUAAUUAUGAAUGUCUCCUCACAGUGCCUGAGCGGAGGAUUGUGCUGCUGGGAAAAACUGGUCCAGGAAAGAGUGCAUCCGCCAACACCAUCCUUGGGAAGACAAUAUUCACAGAGGAAGUCUCAUUUGAAUCUGUAACUCAAACUUGUGAUCUACAGCAUGCUGAGGUGGCUGGUAGACACAUUACUGUGAUUGAUACACCAGGGUUGUUUGAUACAGGAAGGUCAAUAGAACAGCUGAAAAGUGAACUAGAGAAAUGUGUUCAGUUGUCUCGUCCUGGGCCUCAUGCCUUUCUGCUGGUGAUCAGGCUAGAUGCAAGAUUCACAGAAGAGGAGGGGAACGCAGUGAAGUGGAUCCAGGAGAACUUUGGUGAGAGGGCUUUGAAGUACACCAUAGUGCUCCUCACCCAUGGAGAUGUGCUGGAGGGAGAACCAGUGGAGGGCUAUCUGCAGAAAAGUGGUUUGCUAUCUUCACUUAUUGAGAGGUUUGGAGGUAGAUAUCAUGUCUUCAACAAUAAAAAGAAAAGAGGUCGUACUCAGGUCCUGGAGCUACUGGAGAAGAUAGACGUCAUGGUGGAGGAGAAUGGUGGAGGAUGCUAUACUAGUAAGAUGUACCAGGAUGCUCAGGGAAAGAGGAUGGCCAUCCUAGGAGGCUUCAUGGGGGCCACUGUGGCCACAGGUGGGUUAGCAGCUGCAGGAGUAGUGGGAGGAGCCGCCGCAGCAGCUGUGGGAGGGGCUUCUGCCCUUGGGGGCGCCUCCCUGGCCAUGCUCAGCAGGUUACAUGGACGAGGAAGCAAACAAGUGGACAUUCUGGAGACAGGUGAUAGUGAGGAAGAAUCAGAGGUUGAUGAUGACAGUUAA